AUGUCGUCUUUCAUGAAGUUUGCUGCUGUGGCUCUCGCCGUGGCUACCCCUCUCGUUUCGGCUCAGACUUACUCUGACUGUAACCCCAUGAAGGCAACAUGCCCUGCCAACAAGGGUUCUACAGAGUCCAGCCUGCACUUUGACUUCACCAAGGCUAGUGCCCUCGACCAGUUCAAGGUCACUGGUGGCAGUGUCCCCACCGGCUCCAAUGGUGCCGAGUUCACUAUCAACAAGGAAGGAGAUGCUCCUACCAUUGUCAGUGACUUCUACUUCUUCUAUGGCGAAUUGUCCAUUGAGAUGAAGGCUGCCCCUGGCCAAGGCAUUGUCAGCUCCGCCUUUUUGCAAUCCGAUGACUUGGAUGAGAUUGAUUGGGAAGCACUGGGUGGAAAGGAUAACACCAUUGAGACCAACUACUUCGGAAAGGGCGAUACCACGACCUAUGACCGUGAGACUUGGGUUGACGUCAGCUCUCCCCAGAACUCUUUCCACACCUACACCGUCCAGUGGUCCAAGGAAACCGUCAACUGGCUGAUUGAUGGUGCCAUUGUCCGCACUCUCAACUACAAGGAUGCCCAGGGUGGCGCUCGCUUCCCCCAGACCCCUAUGAACAUCCACAUUGGUAUCUGGGCCGGUGGUGCUCCCACCAACGGACAGGGUACCAUUGACUGGGCUGGUGGUCCGACCGACUACUCAAAGGGUCCCUUCUCCAUGUACAUCAAGAGCAUCAGCGUCAAGAAUGCCAACCCUGCCGAGUCCUACACUUGGUCCGAUAAGUCUGGCUCCGCUGAGAGCAUCAAGUUCACCGGCUCCAACGCUGUGAGCUCGCGCAGCACCACUACCUCUGACGCUGCCACCAGCUCCUCUUCCGAGGCCGCCAGCUCCUCCACCGAGUCUGCUUCCUCCACCGAGUCUGCUUCCACCACCGAGGCCACUUCCGCCGCUGCCACUACCCUGGCUACCAAGACUUCCAGCUCCUCGACCGCCGAGUCCACCGCCGCGACCACUGCUGCCUCCAGCUCCGGUGCCGUCAGUGCUUCCAGCUCCGGUGCCUCCCCCAGCGGCUCUAGCAGCCCUAGCUCUGGCUCCAGCCCCAGCUCUGGAUCUAGCUCUGGAUCUGGAUCCGGCUCCGGCUCCGGCUCCAGCACUGAGACUGGCUCCAGCUCCCCCUCGGGUUCUGGCUCGUCCACCAGUGCCAGCGCUAGCGCCAGCCCUGCCUUCAACGCAGCUGCCUCUGUCGGUGCCAGCUACUUGGCACCCAUGUCCCUUCUGGGUCUGUUGACCGCCAUGCUCCAGCUGUAA